AUUGACAGAGGACAAACAUAUUAAUUUCUAUUUUUUCCAUAUAUCCAGUAAUAACGUGUAGUCUGUUAUGUACACGUUAUUACAUACAGUAAUUGUUGCUUUAGUACUUUCAGAUUGAAUAAAACUCAGAAAAUCAGAAUUAGUUUAGACUAGGUUAAUUAAUUUAUUGUUUUCCAGACUUAAGCAUAAUAAAGGAAAUGAAAUGCACAAGGACAAAGCACAGUUACCCUGGGAAAACCUCCUAGGAGGAAAAACCUAGCCAAAGGAUCCUCAGAUCUGAUUAUGAUUUUGAAUUCAACUGAACAUUACACACUUAACUGGAGUAUAGAGGUUGCAGUCACAAGGAAGGAGAGAUAGAAGCCUUCACAAUUAGUUUGCUAAUGAAGAUUAUGAUUUGCAGUCCUACUCAUCGGAUUUUUCUGUGCAUAGCAAGGGUAUCAGCACCUUUCAAGUAGCUCACAGUCCUUCAAUGGAGUUCUCUAUAUUUUGGAGAUGGUCUGCAGCCCUUUUAUGAAGUUCGCUGUCUUCAAUUAGAGAUCUGCUGCUGUCUAAUGAAGUUCGCUGAUUCCUAUUAGAGAUCUGCUGCCAUCUGGUGAAGUUCGCUGUCUCCUAUUUAGAGAUCUGCUGCUAUCUAAUGAAGUUCGCUGUCCCCUAUCUGCCUUACUAUGACUUUCGCUUUCACCGAAUAUAUUUUGCAUUACAUGAAAACUGAAUGAUGAUAAUGAGAAGUAUAUGAUACAUUUAUAGGAGACAUAUUACUUCUUAAUUAUGUCGGCCUUCUUUGCAAUUGAACAUUUUAUUUAUUUUAAUUCCUUUUAAGUGAGUUGAAAUAGGGUCAGCCCUAUCAAGGAGGCGAGUUGGGUUUGGGUGAAGCGCGGAAGCCUUUUAGGUGAGCCGAGAGGUAUUGGGCCUGGCCCUAUAUGAUGGAGGUGGAUUCCAAUGUUGCCCAAGGCAAUUGGAAUCCGCCAGCCCUAAUUACCAACAACAGUAAUACGUAGUUAUUGCUACGUAUUACUGUAUGUAAUAACAUGUACAUAACAUGUACAUACAGACAUAUGGGUAAAAAUUGACAGAAGACAGACAUAUUAAGCUCUAUUUUUUCCAUAUAUCCAAUUGCAGUUUAUGAAAAUUAUUUCAUAGUUUCCAGAUCAAGUUUUGGGCAUUAGACAUGUUUAGCAGAAAAAAUUAGGACUUCAACAUUUUGUCAUCUUAUAAUUCUGGUUGUGUUUGAAGUGAAGGUGAAUAAUUAUAAAAUGGAAAUCUAAUUUCAACUGUAAAUUAGAUUUUAUCCAGUGCAUGACCAAAUGGAGAUUGCAAGAAAAUAAAUCAGGAACUCAAAUAAAUACAGAAUAGAAGACUAGAACACAUAACACAAUGUUUAACUUUAUGCAGAUAAACCCUUUCGGGUAAAAAACUUAACUAAGGAGAGAGACCUAGAUCUGUAUUAUCUUCAAAAAGAAAUUACAUACAAUCCUUCUUUUUUCGUCCUCUAUCUUUAAUUCUUCAACAUCUGCAAAUAGAGAUUUUUCACUCUUGCCAAUUACACAUCCCUACCCUACACAAUGAAUUUCCUUCUUACAUAGGCUGACUUCCCAUGUGAUUAAUGAGGCUUUACAAUUCGCUUGCUUGAUAAGAUUCUUUUUUACCUCCACCUCAUUUUCUUCUUGACUAACAGUAUUUAGGUGCUUCUUGAAGGUGAGUUCACUUUACAUCUCUACUGCUAUAGUCGAGUCGGUCCUCAAGUUCAUUGCUCUAUUGGGGCACCUGUCAACCUAACUUGUGCAUGUCCAAAGCCCUAAGUUGUCAGGGGCACUUUUUUUGCUUCUUAGGUUAGUGGUUUUGCAAUGUAUUACUGUAUGUGUUACCCGUUCAUACAUGUUAACAAUAUUAUUUGUAUGAAAGUAUGAACAGUGACUUUUAUGUCAUUAAUGUCAGUGGCUAAUUCAAAGACUAAAAUUAAACUUCUUCCUUAACAUUUUUUGCCUUCAUAUGGGUACAUCUCUUUGAAUUCAGUUUGGUAUUUGAUUACCCUCCAUUGUUCAAAUUUCUGAUUUGUGUUUCUACUUUCUACCAUCUCUUUUGUUAUUGUAAACUUGAAAUUCAAUUACAUUUAGGUUUCCAAUUUCCCAUGUCAAUGUAAUUAAAAUGCAAUUAUUAUACACAAGCCCAACCCUAGAUCCCUCAAAAGUUUAAGACUAAGUGUAAUGUUUUUACAGAUCUGAUUCUUGAUCAGAAUGCUGCGUCAAAAAGACUUUGCGUGGACACAUUGCACAGCAGUUCCUGGUAGCACGAAGGUCAAGUGCAAUUGGUGUCUAGAAGAGAUCAGUGGUGGAAUUUAUCGUUUCAAAUGGCAUUUGUCCAAAGAACGAGGAAAUAACACCGUGAUAUGCAAAGCAUGCCCUGCAGAUGUCUCGUAUCAGGCAAAGCAAUCUCUUGACGGGAUUGCUGAGAGUAAGACCAAAAAGGCAAGAAUUGGGGUUGAACUAGGUUCUAGUUCUGCAGAUCCCAGGACGAACCAUUUGGGUGAGGAGGAUGGUGAAGAUGGGAGUUUCAGGGAAUGUGGAUCAACUCCUAAUUCUAUUUCACGUGGACCAAACACAGGUGGAGGAAACAUUAAUACUUUCUUCCAACCUCGUACUACACCAAGAUCACAAACCACUUUGGAGAGUACAGGAUGGAGGAAAACUGUCACUGAACAAGCAAAGAAGGCAAUUGGUAAUUUUUGGUACUCCUCUCACAUGGCAUUCCAUGCUUCGAGAAAUUCAUAUUGGCAACCCAUGGUAGAUGCUAUUGCAGCUGUAGGACCUGGGUUUCAAGCCCCAUCUUAUGAGUCAUUGAGGGUUGGUAUGUUGAAAGAUGCAGUAGAGGAUGUUCAAGAUGUUGUUAAACAACAUCGGUUAUAGUGGGCUAGAACUGGUUGCAGUAUUAUGUCAGAUGGUUGGAUAGAUAGAAGGAACCAAACUCUCAUUAACUUCCUUGUCUCUUGUGAGAUUGGCACUGUUUUUCUAAAAUCUGUGGAUGCAUCUAAUAUAAUGAAAUCCACAAAUGCAUUGUUUGAGAUGUAUGACGUGGUAGUUAUGGAUGUAGGGCCACAAAAUGUGGUUCAAUUUAUCACAGACAAUGCUGCUGCUUGUGUUGCUGCAGGGAGACUUCUGAUAGAUAAAUACCCUUCCAUGUUUUUUACACCAUGUGUAGCACAUUGCCUUGAUCUAACCCUAGAGGACAUUGGAAAAAUAGAAUGGGUUAAGGUGGCCUUUCAGAAGGCUCACAAGGUUACCAAAUUUGUUUAUAAUCACACGAGGGUUUUGGCUAUAAUGUGCUCUUUCACAAAAGGCAAGGAGCUAGUUUGACCAGGGGUGACAAGAUUUGCAACAUAUUUCCUUGCAUUACAAACAUUAUGUGAACAGAAAGGUAAUUUGAGGCGAAUGUUUGUUUCAGCUGAGUGGAUGGAGUCUGGCUUCACAACUCAAGCAAAUGGCAUAAUAGUGGCAGGGUAUAUGUAUUCUACCACCUUUUGGGAAUCAAUUGAGUAGAUUGUAGAAUUUUCAGAGCCUUUAGUAAAAGUCUUGAGACUAGUGCAAGGGGAAAAACCCCCCAUGGGAUAUGUGUAUGAGGCCAUGGAUAGGGCCAAGGAGGUGAUAAGGAGUAAGCUGAAAAAUAACAAGGAUAGGUAUAUGCCAUUGUGGGACAUAAUUGAUAGGAGAUGGGAUGGACAGAUGCACACUCCUCUCCAUGCUGCAGGAUACUUUCUCAAUCCUUUGUUAUUUUAUAAGACUGACUUCUUGGAAAUUGAUGCUGAGAUCAAACGAGGAUUCUUCAAGUGCUUGGAAAAAAUGUUUCCUGACUUGGAAAAAUUUGAUGCGGCUACGAUAGAGUUGGAAGUGUACAAGCAUGCUAAGGGUUUUCUCUCUUCUAGGGCUGCUAUACAAAGCAAAAAGACUAUUCAACCAGCUGCAUGGUGGGCUUCUUUUGGAGAUGAAAUACCAAAUUUAAGGUGGAUGGCAGUGUGCAUCUUGAGCCAACCGUGCAGCUCAUCAGCUUGUGAGCGUAAUUGGAGUGUUUUUGAACACAUACAUUCCAAGAAACGCAACCGCCUAUCACAACAACGGCUGAAUGACUUGGUAUUUGUUCAUCACAACCUUCGCUUGAAGAUAAGGAAAGCUCAAGGAACUAUUGAGGAUGGCUUGCCAAUUGACCUCGAUGAGAUAUAUCCAGAGUGUGAGUUGAUUGCUACUGAUGAUGCUGAUGAUGAUGAUGAUGAUGUUUAUGAUGUUUAUGAUGAUGAUGAUGUUUAUGAUGAUGAUGAUGUUUAUGAUGAUGAUGACGUUGUUGCUGAUCGUCCACUUGGGACUGAAGAUUUUGAUAUCAUGAAGGAAGCCAACUUUGCUCCUCAAUGGAUUGAUCGAAUUAGGACAGGCUCUCACCCGGGAGCUUCAUCAUCAGAACCUCCUGCCCUCUAGCAUGUCAUUGCCUACAUUUGAUAUUUUGGAAUUUUGUACUUAGUUUACAAGUUGACUUUGUUCAAAGUCACAAACUAUAUUGUAAUUGACAUUUUGACAUCUAUCACCAUCUAGAUAUUAUUUAUGGUGUAGUAUAUUUUGUGCAACGUAAUCGGUGAUAUGAAUAUAAAGAACGAAAAUCUAUUUCUUGCAA